GAAGAAGUAACAAGCUUACAAACAAUGAAAUACGGGUGGAUAAUAUUUUGCUAUUUCAACUCGUUCUAUUGUUGUCGAUGCAACCGAGGGAAGCAAGUGGCGAAUGUUGUCCGGGUAUAGGUAUUUGGUGCCUGGAUCUCACAGUAAAGACGCCCUGCUGUGGGUUAAAACCAUGCAAUAUUUUUUGCUGCGAUUGCGGCAAAUGUAGACGGGGAAUAUUGUCCCGCAAUAGCCAUGGUGAACAUUCUCAAAGAAGUUCCGGUCGUCAUGAUCAUCAUCAUACCCAUAGUCGUGAUCAUCACCACAAACACAAAGGAAGAAAACAUUCCAAUUCCUGCAAGUACACAAUUCUCGCCAUGUGGACAUCAAAGGAAUAAGCUUUUUAUAAACAAUUAAUUUAAUACUGAGAAUUAAAUUGCUCUUAUUGAAGUUGAGUUAUAUUGAUAUACGAAAUAUCUUUUGUGUGUUUUUGGACUAAUCCAUAAUAAUAAUAAUAUAUUCAUGAAAAUUU